AGAUGCCAAUCAGGGUCACCCAAAAUACUUUGUUCUCGCGUACUACGUCUAAUUCGGACUUGUUCACGUUCUGUGGAGUACUGGGGACGACAGCUGAGCCUUGGCCGUUCGGAUACCGUUCUUGGUUCUUCUGCCAAGCGGGUUGCUAGGUAGAGGUCGGAACAUUGGAUAGACGUGGUAAAAUUACCUCUCUCACUUGCAAGCGCGACUGGCAUUAUUUCUCCACCCAAGCAAACAUACUGCAUCCACUCGACGCGAUGGACUCCGACUUAUCGCCCUUUGAAGUGCUGAUCAAGAGCGAUCCAGUGCUUAGGAAUAUGUAUCACAAGGUCGACAGCCACGCGCAAUCAGCCGCGACAAAAACUUACAUCAAGGUCGUCUUUGCCAAACUUGCCGCCACUCACCAAGUCGAGCUCAAACACGCGACCAUCAAAGACUUGCUGGACGAAUUAAUUCGACUGAGGCUCGAAGAUGUCAGCCAUGAAGAGCCCAUCGUUGAUGCCGACGAAGAGAUGACCGACAUCGCAUCUGCUCACGUCCCUAAGCCUGACGCACCCACUUCGAACAGCAUCGAGCUCAUUCAAGCUUGUAUAGUCUUCCUCCAAACCAUGGUCAAAGUCGAUGACAAAGUGCCUGCAAACGCACUCGACAUCCUUUACCGCUGCGUUGCCAGUGGCAUACGCAAACCCGCCAGAGUGCGUAGCGUCGAAGAAGUUAUUGUUGUAUUCUAUGCUGUCGCCUCGGACUCUUUCUAUGCCGCAAAGACAGGUCCACACAGCACCGUCUUGAAUCUGAACAACAGCACCAACAUCCGUGUCGAAGUUGUCACAUACCUCAACCUUCUCGGUGGACAUACUGCACUUUCCGGAACCAUCAUCCGCACGAACGACGUCACACUCGAUGACUUCCUCCUCGCCCUGCAAGCAGCACACUCGUGGUCCAGCUCUCGCUUUCCACAGCACAUGGGUUGCCUCAACUAAACUGCUCCCGACUGGCAAUGUCAAGUGGCUACUGGUCUUACUUCUCUUGCUCCUGAUGAUUGGCACGCUCUGACGCCCGAGGUUCUGACGCAGAUCAAGGAGAACGCCCCUGGACUACGUGAUCAGCAAGUCUACUUCGUCCAUGUGAGUGUGACAGGCAGCAGCAAAGCGUUGCACUGGGUACACCGCAGCUCUUCUCGCCCAGACGUCCCAUUUUGAUAUGAAUAAAACUUGCUGACUUAUGUCAGAGAUACCUACAGAGUGUGCCUAGAGCCGUCGAAGCCAAGCUGCGCAGCCUCGAAGGCACUAAUACCACUUGG